GGACAAGGCGUGGGCUGGGGGCGGGAGGGACGAGGAAGGGGGGCUCUGUCUGCCCUCCGGGGGCUGCUGCUGCCGCUGCGCGUGGUGGAAGUGGCUGCUGGCGCUGCUGCUGGCCAGCCUGUUGCUGCUCGGACUGCUCUUUGGUCUCAUUGCUCUGGCGGACCAGGUGAGGAAGCUGGGCGAACGGGUCACUGCGCUGGAGGGCACCCCCUCCUUCGCCAAGCUGCAUGACCGGCGGGGGAGGGUCGGCCUGCUUUCGGAGGAGUCUGGCUCUCGCCUCGGUGAAAACCGCCACCUCCACAACCGACAUCGAACGCAACCUCUGGGACAAGAUCACCGCCAAACUACAGACCCGGGAAUACCGAGAUUCGGUGAGAGGCGAACAAGGGACAGCAGGGGUUAAAGGUGAUCCUGGAUUCCGCGGAAUGGAAGGCACGACAGGUCACCCCGGGACACCCGGACGGGAUGGUGAGAAGGGACAAAAAGGAAGCACAGGAGAACAUGGAGAGAAGGGAGCGAGGGGUUCUGUGGGCGAAGCUGGGCUGUCUGGGAGGGGCGAGAAGGGAGAGAGAGGUGAAACGGGAUUCCCGGGGGUCACUGGAAUGAAAGGUUCGACGGGACAACAAGGCUCUCCCGGCCAUCUAGGUCCUCCAGGUGCUCCAGGUUUCAAGGGCGAUUCAGGAUCUCCAGGUCCUAAAGGUGACAGAGGGUCGGAUGGAUCUCCCGGAGCGAAAGGUGACACAGGGGAGAGAGGAGCUCGUGGGCUGCAAGGUGAAGCUGGUCUCAGGGGUCUUCCAGGGGCCAUCGGAGAGCCUGGACGGAAGGGAUUGACUGGUGCUGCUGGUGUAAACGGACGUCAAGGACUCAGAGGGGAACAGGGACCACGAGGGUUACCAGGAAAUCCAGGGGACCCAGGGGCACGAGGAGAGACUGGUCCUCCAGGGAAGAUCGUCCGUGCUGAAGGGAACCACAACACGGUGUUGGUGCCAGGACCUCCCGGACCCCAAGGAGCACCCGGACCACCCGGCCGAGCAGGGGAGAGCAUUGCCGGACCCCCGGGACCACAAGGAUCCGAAGGCCAGAAAGGCUCUUCAUUGGCCGGACCCGCAGGACCCCCAGGACCUCCAGGAACCCCUGGAUCAGAAGGACGUCAAGGAUACAAAGGUGACCAGGGUGAACCAGGACUGCCCGGGCUCGCCGCACGAAGUGGAGACUCGUUCCGACUGGGACCCCCCCGGACCAGCUGGACCCCCAGGACCUCCAGGACACAAGGGCAACCAAGGUGACCGUGGGGAGAUCGAAUCCCGGGCGCUCCCGGCAUUCCUGGCCGGGGGGGGCU